CCAUCUUCUACCCAUUUUCAGUGUUAAUCAGCUCACGGGCAUGACCCGUUUACAUCAACAUAACCGGAUUUUAAUCAUCAAUCUAAUCUUUGCAUAUAUGGCAGGUAAUCUGAAAUUGCAUUUCUCUCGCACAAUCGGCGCCGAUUCAGACCAUGAGGUUGUUUUUUCAAAUUUGAAUGACAGAUAAGUGGCAAUUAAUAAUAUGUAUCAAGCUUAAUCUGUAUCAUGCUCUUCCGAAGCGUAUCAUUCAUAAUAUUCACAGGAUUGCAGGCAUGGAGGAUCAUUCGUGAAUCGAGAGUCUUCGCUUCUAAUCUCGAUCGCGAUCUAACAAGACAAUCGCUUGACACGCUUUACUGACGGGUUGUUCUCACUCAUCCUAUCAAAGUAGUGGAUUCUCACCUUCCACUUACGCCUCGAAGGGCCACGACAGUGGCUCGGAGACGUGGGUCAGAGGGUUCCGAUAAUACAGAUAAUGGAGAACGUCGUGUUCAUCGCAAUGCUCUCCUUCACCAGCGGGUUGCAAAUAUGCAGAAACAUGCCAGACCCGCUGAAGACAAAAAUCAGGUAGGAGAAUGGUAUAAUGCAGGAGCCCAAAAGGAUGCAGAUCAAUCAGCCUCUUCAAUUGAUGUUAGUGGGAGCGGCAUGUUUGUAUCCGGGAUCACACAGAAUGAUCCCGGAACAAUCACUGGACAAGUUUCAACUGACAUGAUAGGAAACUCUAAAAGAAGACGUGUUCCAAAUGUCGAAACUCUUCUAUCGGAUAAUGUGUUGAAGAAGGCGCAUUCUCAAGACAAGGAAAACCAUGUUCCUGUUCAUGUCCUGGAACGUACAGGUCAUGGACUAAAUAUUGAGAAUCGUUUUCGUGAUGGGACCUAUACAAUAAUGCGUGAUAUAUCAAAUAGAGACCUCAAUCCAAACCUGGGUUCUGACAAUCUCCAACUUCGCUUAAACGUUGACGCACCCCCUGGUAAUUGUACUUUCAGCCACACUAUAAAACUAGACAUCUUAAAUUCAUACAAAUUGGACCCAUUGUGUUGUCUGGUAUUAUUGAUCCGUUGAGCUACUUUCUAUGUAAACCCAAACGUAAUGGCCGGGGUCCUAACAUUGAGAAGCAAUUGAGGUUUUCCAUGAUAGCCAGUCCACUAUGUCAAAAUGAAAUUAGCUGUUCUGUCGUGAGUGAAUCAGUAGUAAAAAAGCGCAAAGGCCGUGGGUUUAGCACUGAGAAACGGAUACAGAUGCGGGAGAAAGAAACACCUCAUGGUCAGACACACGAGAACCACUCCUCAGCCAUCAACACAGAUUAAAGGCGGCAAAGCAUUCACACUCCGUCUUUAAGACCUUCAUCUUCGUAUUCAUCUGUAUUGACUGAUAUAUCUGGCAAAGAGGGACGAACCAAUCCCACUACUUGGAAUUCUCCUACCGGUAUCAAGAAUCUGCUUGAUGUGUUUGAGGACGAAGCUGAUCACCUAGGUCAAAAUCAGCAGCCUCUUGAUCAUGCUACUAGACCUUCUCCGUUGUGUAAUGUUGAUCAGAAUGUAUCUGUUGGCUGUGACAAUCUGUUGGCUAUGAGUUGGAUUCUACCAUCAAAGCUGUGUGCCAUAUAUUUGAUUCAAGAACAAACUGGAACAGGACCUGCUAAUAAGAGUUAAUGAGACCAAGGCUUGAGGAAGUAAAUUGAUGGAUAUUAGAGAAGUCAUAAUGCGAAGUAGAUUGUUUGUGGAAAACCAGACAUAGCAAACAACAGAGGCUGGACAGAAUUUCAGAUGAUGGCAUCGGAGUGUAAGGCCCUUGGACAGGAGCCAUAAUUGCUUCUGUUCUCAGACAUGCCAUUCUGGUCUGCUGUCUCGGCACACUUUUUUGGUGUUGUCCUGGCUGGCUUUUUGGUGAACUUGCUGGUGAAUCUUGGCCUGAAGUAUGAUGUACUUACUGGCUCUGGCCUCCAAACUAUGUAAAGGCUAAAUGUUGAUGCAUCCCUUUACCAUGCUAAGUUGGUAGGCUACUAUACUGGGUUGGUAGGCAUGGGGUAAUAGCACGAUUAUUUAGUGGAGAAAUCAUGUUUGCAGCUACCAGAAGAGAAUGAACAUAACAGCUUCUGGAGGUUGCAUACUAUGGGGACAACAUUGAGAAAGAGUAGGAUAUGAGUUACACAGCAGACACUGACAUUUGCUGUGAAAGCGGCAGGGGAAGGCAUCCCUGAGCUGGCUAGAGAAGCAACAUACAUCUUUAUCUGGUGCUUAACUCGACACUCUGAUUGUUAUAAGCAGUGGGAGAAUAUCUGUUUGGAUAAUCUAGAAGCAAGUCUUUUGAUAGGGGAAAAGCUUACGGAGGAGGGGAGGCAACUUUGAGCAAAUCGAUCAUCUCUGGAAGGUCUAGGGGAAACUCUUAAGAGUUUGAGGCACAAGGAUGCUGACAAAUAUUGUAAGUGGCUGAUCGGAAAGAUAUCCCGAGGAAAUGUUUGCAUGAAAAGUUUGGCCAUUGUCAUAAUUGCCCUUGGAGUGGGUACUGUUAUGUCCCCCACCAUCGAGUCUUUGGAUUGGAAGCAACUUUCCGUCUUCUUCAACCAGCAAUCCUUCUUAACCAGGUAAAGAAGCAAAUUUGCAGCCAGGAGGUAUCCAGGACCUGCAACAUUGAUCCAUAAUGAUAUUGACAUCAAACAGAACAAGUUCCGCUUCAAUAAAAAGUAUGAGAUGUCUGAGAUGCUCUUGGGUGAAUUAUGAACCCUUCGAAUAUAUAAAUAGUUGAGAGAAGAUAGACUUGGGUUUUAAUAUCUGAUGAAAAUAUAAUAAUGGUGGUUUAUGGCAUGAACUUUUAGUACUUUUCGGAUACAUAGAUGUUUAUAUAUAAAUUCUGGAAUAUUUUGUUUUUUUUA